GUCAUCCCCGUGCAGCGGCUAAACUACCCGCCGCAACUGAACUGGAGAUGGUUACGGAUAGUCUGUGAACCAACAAGCGCCCGCUCACCGCUUCCAGGAACAUCGGCGCAGUGUUGCCGUCUCGGCGUUGCCGCUGUAAUCUCACCUCAGAGCAAGUGGAAUAUCCCAUCAUCCGCCCACCAAGCCCAUCUUCUCCUCAGCAGGGAAUACUCGGCCUCAGGAAUGGUCCAACACCAACCCACCCCUUACACACAGACCGUCAGAACGUGGCUCAGAUCAGCACAUGAUAUGUGGUUCUUGAUAUACGAGUUAUCCGUACAAAUCGAAAUACACAUUCAGAAAACAAGAUUGCCGACAUUUCGGGGUAUCAAGCGUCCAGAUCUGCCAGGGGCAAUGCCACACCCUUUCGAGGAAGGCCUCCAAACCCUAUGA